AUGAACGAGAUGGCAUAUUUCGGUAUCGCAACGCUUCUAAAGAGGUCACGAGCUUGUCAAAUUCCGAGCAGCAUCAACAAGUCUCUUAUCUCUGCAAGACUUGCUGAUCAACAAAGACACAUUUCAGUAUCUACUUCUGGGGAUACAAAAGUGGAUGUAGGGUCCCAUGGCCCUACCGCAAUGGUUUUUAUGAAUAUGGGCGGGCCAUCGACAACAGAAGAAGUGGGAAGUUUUCUCAGUAGGCUUUUCGCAGAUGCCGAUUUAAUUCCGCUCGGCCGCUUUCAAAAUUACCUUGGACCUUUGAUCUCAAGACGAAGGACGCCGAAAAUUCAGAAGCAGUAUCAAGCGAUUGGUGGUGGCUCUCCGAUCCGAAAAUGGUCUGAGUACCAGGCUUCAGAAAUGUGUAAACUUCUGGAUAAGACAUCUCCGAAGACAGCCCCUCACAAACCUUACGUUGCUUUUAGGUAUGCAAAUCCCUUGACUGAGGAAAUGUACACACAGCUCCUAUCAGAUGGAUUUGGAAAUGGUAACGGCGGUAGAGCCGUAGCGUUCACUCAAUAUCCCCAAUACAGUUGUUCAACCACAGGAAGUAGUCUCAACGAACUAUGGAAGUGUAGACAGCGCCUUGAGGGUAAAAAUUCCGCCGGCUCUACUUUAAAUGGAGCCGAUGGAACGAUCAAUUGGAGUGUAAUAGAUCGAUGGCCGGUUCAUACAGGACUCAUCGAAGCUAUAGCUCAAAAUAUUAAGAAAAAACUUUUGGAAUAUUCUGAGGAUCAACGCGAUAAGGUCAUACUUCUCUUCUCGGCUCACAGCUUACCCAUGUCAGUCGUAAACAGAGGCGAUCCAUACCCAGCUGAGGUUGCAGCUACUGUUAAUGCUGUUAUGCAAAGGCUAGAGCAUUCGAACCCAUAUCGAUUAGUGUGGCAAUCCCAAGUUGGGCCUUCAGCCUGGCUUGGAGCCCAGACAAGUGACACAGUCACAAAUUACAUCUCUAAAGGAAAUUAUAACAUGAUACUAGUUCCAGUGGCGUUUACUUCAGAUCAUAUCGAGACUCUUUAUGAGUUAGACCAGGAAGUAAUCGGUGAAUCGGGGCACCAGGAUACCGUAAAGAGAUCUGAGAGCCUUAACGGACAUCCUGUUUUUAUUCAAGCUUUGGCCGACAUUGCAAAAGCGCAUUUAGAAAGCGGAAUAAGUUGUAGUAAACAGAUGGGACUGAGAUGUCCAGCCUGCAAGAGCAACAAAUGUGCCGAAACGAAAAAGUUUUUUGCAAAUCAAGCAUAA